UUCGAAAAAAGUCGGCAAUGCACCGUCUUCUACCGAACACCGCGUCACCGGUCGACGUUCUUCCUUCGUCCAAAAAACACCUCUUCUCAAAUGUGUGUCGCUCACUGAAUCUCGCAACAGUUUUAUCCAACAUUUUUUUGUUUUUUGUUUAGUUGUUAGAGUCUAGCCCACCCGGCGAGGGGUGGGUGGUGUUCGAUUGGUUUUUUCUCGAAAAGUGUUCGGAUAAGUGACGAUAAGUGAUGAAGCACGCCCGUGCUUCGCUACGGGAUUCCUUCUCAUGGAUUCUUAUGACCUUGUCGACGACCUUGCUGUUAACAUUGUUCAUUGGAACGGCCACACACACAACUGAAGUGCAAGCUAUAGGAUGGGGAGGUGUACAGCAGCCUGCCCCUUCAGAAUCAGAAUGCAGACCCUACAUAGAAAAAGCCUUGAAAGAACAGCACACACCUACAGAGGCGGUUGAUGCCACACUGCCUGAAUCAACAUCAACGGAAGACGCAUCAAAUGAAGCCACAACGGACACCAUCAUCACGCAACAGGAAGGAUCUAGCGAAGCAGUGACACAAGCAACAGAAAGCAACGAAAAUGAACAACAAAGCAAAGAAGAAGAACAGGACAUUGAAGAAACAACAGAAUCGGCCGAAGACGCCCUGAUGCAAGGAGACCAACCGGCCGCCUCACAAGAACAAGGAGAGGAAGAGGAGAAUGAAGGAGAAGCAGAAGCAGAAACAGAAUCAAAGGAAGCGGAGGAUAGUGGAGCUGAGGAGGACGAGACCAAAGAGGAGACUGGAGAAACGGAGGAAGAGGUGGAAGGAGAAGGAAAGGAAGAGGAGGGAUCUAAGGAGGAAGAGGGGGAGAAGACCACUGACCAAUCAGGAGAGACUGAUGAGGGAGUAGUGGCCGACGCUGAACCCUCGGAAGAAGACAAAACAGCGGAAGAGACGGAGUCAACAGAACAGACAGAAACAGAAGAAGAGAAAGAAGGAGAAUCAGCUGAACAAGGAGGAGGAGAAGAAGAAGGAUCAGGUGAAGCAGGAAGUGGUGAUGAUGCUGCUUCAGAAGAGGCACCUCAAGAAGAAGCCGAUAAAGAAGAAACCAAAGAGGAAUCAGUAGAAGAAACAGGAGAAUCGAAAGAAACCGUCGAAGAAGAAUCGACAGAAAAGGAAGAAGGUGAAGAGGUAGCGUCAGGAGAGGAACAAGCGACCGAAGAAGAAUCAAAGGAAGAAGAGGGAAAAGUUGACGAAACUGAGGAUAAAGUAGAAGAAAGCCAGGAGGAAGGUAAAACUGAAGAGAGCGUAGAAGAAAGCGGGAAAGAAGAGGGAGAAAGCACUGAGGAGAAGGUAGAAGAAAGUGUAGAGGAGAAGGAAGAAGAGAAAACAGAAAGUGUUGAAGAAGUGGAAAGUACGGAAGGAGAAGCAGAAAGUGUGGAGGAUGUAAAAACAGAGGAGGAAUCGAAAGAAGCAGUGGAAGAAGAAAAGGUUGUCGCUAGCGAGAAAGAAGAAGUUACUUCAGAACCAGAAAGUAAAGAGGAAGCAACGAUAAUUGAAGAAAGCACUGAAGCUGUAACUGAAGAAGCUGAAAAGACUGAAGAAACAGAAAAGGUAGUAGAAGAUGAAGAAGAAGAACUUGAAGAAGAGACACCAGAAGAAGAUUUGACUUUGGACGUAGUUAUACCAGAAAAACUUCGACCCAGAGAACACAUUUCUGAAAUUCUAAGGUUAGGACCAGAGGCGGCCGAAACUGAAAACCUGCUGUCAAAAACUAUCGAAGUGACACUCAGGGAACUGAAGAGACUGUACGACAAUGCAAUCAAGCCACUCGAAAUUCUAUACAAAUACCGUGAUCUCAGCAAUAGGCAUUUUGGAGACCCAGAAAUAUUCUCGAAGCCACUGAUCUUGUUCAUGGGACCAUGGAGCGGAGGAAAAUCAUCAAUCAUCAACUAUUUACUGGACAACGAAUACAAGAAAUCUUCACUCAGGACAGGUGCCGAGCCAUCGCCCGCCUACUUCAACAUCCUGAUGUGGGGCAACGAGACAGAGGUGUUAGAUGGCACUCAGCUGGCGGCCGACUGGACAUUCUCCGGACUGCAGAAGUUCGGUCAGGGACUCCUCGAUCGCCUCAGAGGUCUUCGCCUCGAUAGUCCAUUACUCGAAAAGGUGAACAUAGUGGAGAUCCCAGGCAUCCUGGAGAUCCGUAAGCAGGUGGAGCGAAUGUUCCCGUUCAACGACGCGUGCCAGUGGUUCAUUGACAGGGCGGACAUCAUCUUCCUCGUCUACGACCCGUCCAAGCUCGACGUCGGUCCCGAGACUGAGGCCAUCCUCGACCAGCUCAAGGGCAGGGAGUACCAGACCCGCAUAAUCCUGAACAAGGCAGACCAAGUGAAACCAGAAGAACUGAUGCGUGUGCAAGGCACACUGAUCUGGAACAUCAGUCCGCUGAUGUCAAGCAGUGAGCCACCCGUCAUGUACUCGACAUCACUCUGGUCGCUGCCAUACGAGGCGGGCGCACCGAUUCGGCUGCUGCACGCACAGGAGCGCGCCUUCCUGAGAGAUUUCCGCGAGGCCAUCGACAAGCGUGUCGAGAACAAGAUCGCUAGCGCUAGGCGGUUUGCCGUGCGAGUCCGCAACCACGCGAAAAUGGUCGACUGCUACCUGACCACGUUCUACAACCACAAGACCUUCUUCGGCAACAAGAAGAAGGUGGCCGACGACAUAAUCGAGCACCCGCAGAACUACCACAUCUACGAGGGCCUCAGCACCCUCACCAACAUAUCGCGCUACGACCUGCCCGACCCCGACGUGUACCGCGACUUCUUCCGACUCAACCCCAUCUACGAGUUCCAGCAGCUGGCCACCACCUGCACCUACUUCCGGGGAUGUCCGAUUAACAGACUGGACAUCGCGAUCGCAUACGACCUGCCCGAGCUGGUCGGCAAGUACAAGAAGUCGGCAGAACAUGUGCUGGCUUCGGUGGCGGCAGCCAAGACCAAAAGUUGAGUUUUCGGGCAACUGAGUUGACGGUCCGUCGGACAAAUCGAUAUGACACCCAAAUAGAACAAAUUGGAUUGUCAGACAAAUGGAACAUCAGAUCCGUCGGGCAAUUUUGUUCGUCUGACUAGAUGGUCGAUAGGACAAAUUCGUCUGACUGAAUGGUCUACAGCACACAUUUUAGGACUCAAUGGUCUGUUGUACAGAUUUUCUUGAUCAAAAAUGGUCUGUCGGACUGAUUUGUCUGAACAAAUAGUGUGUCAGACUAAUUUGUUUGACGGAUCAGUUGUUCAAUUUGUUCAACAGAUCAAUUUGUCCAACGGAUCGGUUGUCUGACUUGUUCGACAGACCAAUUUGUCCGACAGAUCUGUUUGAUUUACCAAUUUGUUCGACAGACCACUUUGUCGGAUGGAUCGGUUGUUUGUUUUUUCUGACAUUGGAAGAUUUGUCUGACGGACUUUUGGAAGGAUUUGUUCGACGGACCGUAUGUUCUGACAAUUCUCAAAAAAGGGCGACUUCACUCUGUAAUCACACACUUUGGUUUUGAAUGGAAAGUAAAAUUUGGUAAAUUUUCAACAUAAUUUUGCAUGAAUAUUCACAGCUACAAAUAACUUUGACAAGAACUUGAACAUGACACUUCUAUUUCACUUUUAUCAGGGACAUUCAAUUAUAAUAAUACACAGCUGUUGAUAAUGCUAAUAUUAAAAUGAAUAUGAGAUAAUAGGGAAAGAGUAAGAGAAAUUGCAGGGAAAUUUUUACCAAAGAACAAGAUUACUUGAUAAAAUUACAACGUUUUAAACUGAAUAUUGUAGAUAAUUUAUUCAUUUCAAAACUUCAAGACUUGGAUUUCUAGCCCAAUGGCCAAUUAGCCCUGAACAGGGCUCUUAAAGCUAUCACUGAGGCUAGAAAAUUCAAUUGACAGAGUAACGACCAUUUAUUAGAUUUAUUUUAAAUUAAAGAAACUGUUGAGUUAUAAGAAUCAUAUUUGGCCUAACUAAACAUGAAAAUAUCAAUCAUUCAAUAGCAACGUGUGAUUACAGACAAGUCACCCAAAAACAUAAAUUUUAAAUUAUUAGUGUCUUGAAGACUAUUGAAAUUUUGUGUUCAUUACAAUAAUUCAUGAAUGAAUUAAUAAAAAAUUAAUAUAACCUAUUUGAAAUUUGUUUAAAAACGUCAGCAGAACUGUGGAUAUCACAUAAACAGGUACCGUACAUGAUUUGUAAUUGGGAAGUAAAAAUGUAGAAUACAUAAAUUAUAGAACAAGUGAUGAACACUUAGAACACAAGGAAAAGUAUGACAUUAUUCGGCCCAAGGCCAGAAAAUGAUGUCACAAAAAAAAACGUUGAAUAUUGUAAUGGUCGAUCGAAAUAUUAGAAGUCGAUUACAAUUCGAAAAGAUUGAAUUAGAAAGAAAUUAAAAAAUGUGAAAAAUACAAAAAAAGAAUUACAAGUAGUAAGAUACUUGAGAAUAUAAGUAGGAAACUCCGAAUAAUUGCUUAGCAAUUUUUAGUUCUACUUAGCAGAGCAGAGAAUAUUGUCGAAUUAAGAUUUUAAAAUUGGAACAAAAACAAACCGGAAUUUGAUAGUCUAUUGCAGUGACUUGAAAAAAACUAUUUAAAAACUCUUCAGGACUCAGUGUAGCUUUUAUUUAUUCUUUUAGAAAGGAUCUACAUAACAACUUGUAGAGAAUAUUUAGGGGAAAAUACUUGUUAUCUAGUCAAUAAUGUAUUAUUUAUUCAAUUUGUUGUUUUUUUUUU